CAAAUAUUACGCCAAUAUUUACUCCCCAAUACAAUGUUAUCUAUAAAGGAGAUCAACCAAUAUUGACGUGUAUUGCACCAGCUAUUGAAACAUUUACAAAUUAUACUUUUAUUAUUGAAUUAAACAACUUCACUAUCUAUCCAAUAUAUUAUAAACAUCAAUAUGGUCUACGUAAUGAAGCACAUGUUCAUUUGCAUAGACUGAAUAUAAGAAAACAAGAGAUUUGGACAUUCACUUGUCGAUUGUUAGAUAAUACAACAAAUAUACAAAUAGGAUAUGCUCAGUUUAAAUCUAUUGUAUCGG